AUGGGAAUGAACAAGGAAGACAUUGAGAACUCGAAAGAUAUUUACCAAUAUCACAUGAUGUACAAGUACUACUAGAACCUGAACAUGUCUUGCAAGAAGUAUCACAAGCUGAACAAGUAGUUCCGAAUAUAAAAUGGUGAUCUAUGCAUGUUUAACAUAUUAUUCAUGUAAAAUUAAAGAUAGAUUAUUAAUUUAGAUAUUUUUGCGCCUUGAAUACAGUGAUAUCUGUACAAGUAGCACACUAAUUUGGACAAGCAUAACAAUUUUAGCCAGUUUAAUAAAAUUUUGGAAGGCAAAAAGAGCAAUCACUCGAAUUGCUACAAAUUUCACAUCCAUUUUUACAAGCUCCACAUUUAGAGACUGUAACUGAAGAAAAUACCAAAUUAAUUGUUUCUGUAUACCGAUAAAAUUUUGGCAAGCAUGUGUCACACAUCGAAGGAAGUGAACAACUUAAACAAUUAUUUGAACAACUCUCACAUUUGCCAAUAAACUCAACAUAUCCUGGAUCACAACUCCAAAUUACUAAAAUAGUAAUAUAAAUCAUCCUUACAUAUACAAUUCAUAAGAAUAAUCUAGAUUCUGUAAAGGCUACCGAACAUUUAAAACAAUAAAUAAUAUGUGAAAAAUUGAUA